AACCUCAUGCAGACGUUUCGCGCGCGCGUCGGGCAGAUCGCGGCGCUGGUCGCAGCACCCACUGCGGCGCAGUACAACCAGCGUAUCCAGCACAUGAUGGGGCAGCUCGAGCAGUUCCGGCCGAUGCUUGUCAAGCAGCACCACCGCCUCUUGCUGCUGCGGCACGCAACGUGGUGCCACGCGGCCGACUGCAAGGUGACGGACUGCGCCGAGAUGAAGACGCUCUGGAACCACAUGCCGGCGUGCGGCCAGACGAGCCAGUGCGGUGUCCAGCACUGCAUUAGCUCCAAGUACUUGCUGAACCACUUUCAGCAGUGCAACAUCGGGCCGUGCCUCGUGUGCCAGAUCGUGCGCGUGCCACUGGAGGCCAAGGACGCGGCCGGCCAGCUCAUCGCCGACCCCGCGGUCGCACUCACGCAUUUGCGGCAGCUCCAGCAGGCGCAGCAGCAAGCCAAGCUCAACGCGACGCCGCGCGCCAGCGACAACAACAACAACAACAGCAAGCCCGAGACGCUCAAGCGCAGCGCGUCACAAAUGUCGAUCGACACGACGUCGAUGCAGAGCUUGCUGCAGACACCGACGCAGCCACCCAAGCCGUCGCCGACGCAUCCUGCCGCCGCGCUGCCCACGCAACAACCGGGAAUGAUGCAGCCGCAGCCAGGCAUGAUGCAGCCGCAGCCGGGCAUGAUGCCGCAGCAGCCUGGCAUGAUGCCACAGCAACCGGGCAUGAUGCCACAGCAGCCAGGCAUGAUGCAGCCGCAGCCAGGCAUGAUGCCGCAGCAGCCGGCAUGA